AUGAUCAUUGGAAUUUUAGCUCCUAUGAAAGAAGAAUUACAAGCCAUCUGUGAUAAAUACCCACAAUCAACUAUGUUAGAAAAGUGUGGAAUUCAUUACCAUUAUAUAAAAAUUAAGUAUAAUGAAAUAAUUAUUAUGCAAUGUGGAGUUGGUAAGGUUAAUGCAGCAUUAUCAGUUUCUACUAUAAAGCACCUGUUUAAUGUUGACAUUAUUAUUAAUUUAGGGAGUGCAGGUGGAAUGAAAUUAGGACAAAAACCACUUGAUAUUGUUAUUGGUACAGAGUUAGUUUAUACUGACGUUGAUAUCACUCCACUGGGAUUUGCUUACGGUGAGCUCUUAGGUGAGCCAAAGAGUUGGUUUAGUGAUAAAGAACUUGUUUCUCUUGCAACUAAGUGUUCAUCAUCAGACUUACCAACAAUUCACUAUGGAACUAUAGGAACAAGCGAUGCUUUUGUUUCAGCUCCAAUGGUACAAUCGAUUCAAAACAAAUUUGAUAAUAGAAUUGUUUGUGCUGAAAUGGAAGGAUGUGCUGUUGCUCAUUCAUGUACAAAAUUAGGAAUUCGUUUUAUAGUAAUUCGUUCAUUAUCAGAUGUCCCUUCAGAAGAUGGUAAGAGUCAUGAAAAGAUGAUGGAUUAUUUAUCAAGAGCAUCACAUAAUGCAUCUAUAUUAGUUUCAAGAAUGAUUGAACAAUUAAUAGUAAAUUAA